AUGAUUAGAGAGCCCUAUUUUAAUUCGUCUUCGUCUUCUUCAUUUAUCAAACCAUCGAAUUCAAAGAAUUAUUCUUUUAUUUCUCAUGAUUUGCCAACCAUUAGUCCUCAGGAUAUGAAGCAUAGUUUAGCUCCAAGCUUUCAAUUAUCUGCUAAUCCUUCUGUCCCAGCUCCUCACAAAGCCAGUUCCAAGUUAAUCUUAAGAAGAAACUCAAUAGAACCUUAUUAUGUUAAACCAAUCAAAAUAGGUACUUUGCCUCCAAGAAUCUCAUCAAUAUUUAAGUAUACUUUUGUUGAUGAUGAAUUUGAUGAAGAUGAACAUCGUCAACUUCAUAAUAGUCGCAACCAUCAAGCUCAAUCGAGCGGUCCAGUAGAUGAAGAUGAUGAUUAUGCUAUUAUAUCUGAUUCCGAUAAUGAUUUGAUUGAUUCCGAAGAGGAUUCUGAUAAUGAAUAUCUUUUCUUUGGUAAAAAACAUGCUCCUAGAAGUUAUACUCAUCAAGGUAGUAAUGUUUUAAGACCUCCACCUUCUUCAAAUGGUGAAACUUUAUCUAGAAAAGUUAGUGAUAAUUAUACUUCCAAAUUAGAUGUUGAUACCGAUUCAGAAGAAGAAAAUGAAGAUUCUCUUAUUGAAGAUUUCAAUAAAUUAAUGAAACCAAUUAAACCAACAAAAUCAAAUAACAACCUUUAUAAUUUAAAACCUCCUUAUUUACAAAGUUUAAACGAUCUUAAUGAAUCAUUAUUACAAAAGUCAAAUAAUCCAAAUAUUUUAACUAAUGUCAGAUCAAGAACUUUAUCAGAAAACUUGAUUGCUCCUCCAAAAUUAAACUCAAAAAUCUUUAAUUAUAAUCAAAUCUUUUUAGAUCCAGCUCCAGUUAAAUCAGGUUAUGAUCGUGAUGAUUUUGAUUAUACUAUGUACAAAAAUUAUUUAAUUUAA